GCAGAUCUCCGCAGCCUGGCAGGAGAGAAGGCUAAGCCCUCUGGCGUCAUGGAGAGGCUCGUCCUAACCCUGUGCACCCUCCCGCUGGCUGCGGCGUCUGCUGGCUGCGCCACGACGCCAGCUCGGAACCUGAGCUGCUACCAGUGCUUCAAGGUCAGCAGCUGGAAGGAGUGCCUGCCCACCUGGUGCAGCCCGCUGGACCAAGUCUGCAUCUCCAACGAGGUGGUCGUCUCUUUUAAAUGGAGUGUACGCGUCCUGCUCAGCAAACGCUGUGCUCCCAGAUGUCCCAAUGACAACAUGAAGUUCGAAUGGUCGCCGGCCCCCGCGAUGCGAGGCGUGAUCACCAGGCGCUGCUGUUCCCGGGCUCUCUGCAACAGGGCGCUGACCCCACAGGAGGGGCGCUGGGCCCUGCGAGGGGGGCUCCUGCUCCAGGUGGGCCUCGGCCUCCUCAGGGCCCUGUUGUGAGGGCCCUCCCUUUACACCCCCUCCUCGCCCUGCUGGCCCAUCCCGUCUCCUGCCUCCAACUGCCAUCCUGCCUCCGCCCCUUCCAGGACACUGGGGGGGACCCUCCCUCUCUGAGGUGGUGGGGAGGGUGCCAUUGCCUCCACCCCGGAUCUAGCCACCUCACUCCUCCCUAACGGGGGCCCCUUUGCUGGGGAACCCCAAGGAUUCAGCAACUGCUCCUCCUGGGGAAGGACAGUGCCUCUGAUGUGGGUGAUGGGAAGGACGGUGCCUCCCAUGUGGGUGAUGGGAAGGACGGUGCCUCCCGUGUGGGUGAUGGGAAGGACGGUGCCUCCGGUGUGGGUGAUGGGAAGGAUGGUGCCUCCGGUGUGGGUGAUGGGAAGGACGGUGCCUCCGGUGUGGGUGAUGGGAAGGACGGUGCCUCCGGUGUGGGUGAUGGGAAGGAUGGUGCCUCCGGUGUGGGUGAUGGGAAGGACGGUGCCUCUAAUGUGGGUGAUGUGGAAGGACGGUGCCUCUGAUGGGCAAUGGGGAGGGAUGGUUCUUCCGGUGUUGGGUGAUGGGGAAGGACGGUGCCUCUGGUGUUGGUGGUGGGAAAGACAGUGCUUCUGGUGGGCGAUGGCCCCUUGCAUGAGGCCCCUUGCCCUGAAUGCUGUCCAGGACCCUUCGAGGGGCAGAAGAACCCGGGUGUGGCCACAGAUGUGGUUCCCACUCUGCCUUCCCAUUUACAGCCCCCUCUGCCCAAGGGAAACCCAGGAAGGAUAACACUGUGGGUGCCCCCACCUGUGCAUUGGGACCACGACCUUCACCCUCUUGGAGACAAUAAACUGUCAUGCCCCCA